GGAAAAUCUGGUUACUUCGGUGGAGGAUACAGGCUUUACUCCUUGACUACUUUGAAGUCAACAUCGGUAUACCUAUCUAAGCCUGGAGAUAUGAUUCCAGUCAAAAUGAGUGAAACUCCUUCCACUAACUUUUCAAUGAUUCAUGCAGCUUCUUCUGAAGGCCAAGCUUCUUAUCCUCGACACUUCAAUGUCACUCAGCCAGUUGUGGCCAAAAGAAUUAGUUUUUAUAAGAGUGGAGACCCUCAGUUCAGUGGGAUCCAGAUGGUUGUCAACCCUCGCUCUUUCAAGACUUUUGAUGCCUUGCUUGACAACUUGUCUAGGAAGGUCCCAUUGCCCUUUGGAGUCAGGAAUAUCAGCACCCCACGGGGUAUCCACAGCAUCACCAAGCUGGAGGACCUAGAGGAUGGCAGGUCAUACAUCUGUUCCCACAGGAAGAAAAUACAACCCAUUGACCUGGAGAAGGCUCGCCAGAAGCCCCUGCCCUGGCAGAGCACUAGACCUCUCAGUGCUCGUCGCCGAGCUGCGCAGCUGGCCAGGGCAAAGGAGUUUGGCCCGGCUUGUCGAGAGCUUCCUGUGGUGGUUCAGACCCCCAGAAAGCUCUUAGUUUUCAAAAAUGGUGAUCCAAGGACUAGGCACAUUAUAAUUUUGAGUAGGAAGAUCACCCAGAACUUUGAGGCCUUUCUGGAACAUCUGACUGAGCUCAUGCAAUACCCAGUUGUGAAGCUGUAUACUACAGAUGGAAGAAAGGUGCCCAGCCUACAGGCAGUUAUACUGAGCUCUGGAGCUGUGGUGGCUGCAGGAAGAGAACCAUUUAAGCCAGGAAAUUAUGACCUUCUGAAGUACCUGCUUCCUGAUCAAUUACCAAGGACCUCCAAACGCAUUUACCCAAAAGGACAAACUAAACCAGAAGGCAGAAAAAAUGGUAAUUGGAAGGUUUCGAUAAUUACCAGUGAGUUGCCAUGUGCAGGAACCAGCUCGCAGAUCUAUAUUGUAUUAUAUGGGCACCACAGAAGCUCAGCACCUGUCUAUCUUUAUGGAACAGGUGGGAACGCGUUUCAAGAAGGCCGAGAAGAUAUCUUCACGCUAAAGACUGGAGAUAUUGGAGAGCUCCACAAGAUACGCAUCGGCCACAGUAAUUCUGGUCUCUCUCCUGCCUGGCAUUGUAAAGAGAUAAAAUUGCAGAACCUUUUCUCAGGGGAAAAGUUUUAUAUCCCUGUUUGCCGCUGGUUGGCUCAAGAUCGAGAGGAUGGGGAAAUCUGUCGGGAAUUGCCUGUUUUUCAAAAAGGCCAGCCAAUCCUUCCAGUGACAGUGUAUGAGGUACGUGUGACAACAGGAGAACGGUGGAAUGCUGGGACAGAAUCCAAAGUCUACAUUUCUAUCUAUGGAGAGAAAGGAGAUACAGGCUCCAGGCAACUGUUUAGAUCAAAGAACCCCAAGAAAUUUUUAAAAGGACAAACUGACAUAUUCUCUCUUGAAGCUGUGCAUCUUGGGUAUUUGUACAAGGUUGUUAUAGCACAUGAUGGACUUGGCUCAGGAAAUGGUUGGUUUCUCGAUGAUAUCGUGAUCAAAGACCCCACCACAGAUCUUGAAUAUGCCUUCUUGUGUCACAGAUGGCUGGAUCAUGGAGAAGAUGAUGGGAAAAUUACUAGAGAACUGUACCCUAGUGAUAAUAGCACAUUCUUUGGGAGGCAGAAGUUAGAACUUCAAAGAAAAGAAGCUUGGGCUGCUGAAAGUUGGAAAUUGAAGAAAGGAAACACUCUUCAGUUCUAUAACCGACUUAGUGGAGGCUUUGUCCGUCUCCACCCAGAUGGCUCCGUUGAUGCUCUUGGAGAAAAGACAGACAAAAAUGGUCUUUUGGAUGUUAUUGUCAAAAGAGGAAACAUAUGCAUUUUCCAAAGUCAUCAAACAAGAAAUCUUUCUCUUGGCCUUGAUAAUGUCUCUGGAAUGGCGACUGGAAUGGCCAAUGGUGGAGCUCCGUGUGAGCUCAGAGUGCUCUAUUUGCCCAAUCGCUGCGUCAUUCUGGAAUCAGUCAUGGUCCCUGGUCACACAGUUGCUUUCAAUUGCCAAGGCAAAGUAGCUGAUGAAUCAACAGACAGCUAUGCAGGGCUCUCGAAAGAAUUUGUGAUAUAUGCUAAGGGUGUGUUCCACAAUAGUGCGGUAAUUCUGCUCACCACCAGCUUAUGCCAGGCGCUGACCCUCCAUUCUGAUGGUAGUUGCAGUGGUGCAGGAAAUCAGUCGGAAGAAUCUCACUGGAAAGUGCAUAAAAUCAGCUCUGGGGUUUGCAUGUUUGAAAGUGUGAAAAAUCCAAGAAUGUUUCUCAGGAUCAAGAACGGCCAGUGUGAUGGAAGAGGCACAGGAGAUCUUGACUGUCACUUUAAAAUUCAGAAGAACUUGGAGAAUGGAUCCAUAAGUCUGGAAUCAGUGAAAAGCAGAGGCCUGUUCGUUGGACUUCUGCCGGAUGGUCAAAUGAAGCUGGUUCUUUACAUUAAAGAUGCAAGUGUUUUCUUCUAUCCACAAGUCAUCCAAUUUGGCAGGGAAAAACCAAUGGGAACAUCUGCGACAGCUAGCCAACAGGAGGAAAAGGCCAGAGAGUCUGGGAACCAAGUAGAAGCAACAUACCAGUGCAUGGCCCACAUCCCAUUCCCCUCUCCAGCCUCAACAAAAAUCUGCAACACCUCUGCCAGUGACAGGGUUCUUCUCUCAGAUGAUGAAUGGCGGGUGUUGGUGCUGACAGGAAAUACAGGGACUCGAGCCAAUGUCACCCUCUGGGUGUAUGGAGACAGAGGAGUUACUGGACCACUACCUCUUGGCAAGGACAAUAGGGAGCAGCUGUUCCUUCCAAGAAAGGAGGAUGAAUUUCAGGUUCAAAUAAAGAACGUUGGCAAAAUAUACAAGAUCAGAAUAGGACAUGAUGGAACUAGUCAACAGCCUGAAUGGAGUUUACAAAUGGUGACAAUGCAGCAUGUAAAGAGCAGGAAGACCCUAAACUUUGUGGCAAACAAGUGGCUAUCUAGAAUCCAAGGAGAUGGAGACAUUGUCUGUGAGCUACCUGUAGAAGAAGAUGGAAAAGCAAUUUUCCCAAUAGUAAGAUACCAUGUUUAUGUCUACACGGGCCAAUUGAAGGAAGCAGAAACCACAUCUGCAGUUUACCUGUGUCUUUAUGGAGAAAGAGGUGACUCUGGUGUUAGGCUUCUCCACAAAUCAGAUAUGCCAAUAAAAUUCCAACGAGGUCAGAUUGAUAAGUUUCAAGUGGAAGCUGUAUCUCUUGGGAAACUGAAGAAGGCGCUGUUGCUCUGUGAGGCCACUGACCUAUCGCAGUACUGGUACUGUGAAAAAGUCAUCGUCAGAGAGCCAAUGAAGGAAUCAGAAUUCAUAUUCAAUUGUGAAAGGUGGCUUCCUUUUAUGUCCCAGGGCAUAAUUCACUCAGAAAUAGAACUUUAUCCUCAGGAAAUGCAAAUAAACCAUCAGCCUAAAACGCAAGAGGAAGCAAAUGAAGGAGACUGGAAGAUAACUGUUGUCACAGGGGAUUUUGAGAAGGCUGGCACAACUGCUACAGUGUCCCUUUAUGCUUAUGGAGAAAAGAGGUCUUCGGGUCCCAUCAUUUUGGGAUCUGGGAAGCACCAGUUAUUUAAUCCCAACAGUGCAGACAUAUUUAAGAUUAAUCUUAAAGAUAUUGGUGAAUUAUAUAAAAUACGCAUUGGACAUGACAAUAGUGGAAAGGACCCCAGUUGGUAUUUGGAAGAAAUUAAACUUGAAGAAAUAGCCUCUGGUGAAGUGUUUUCCCUCACAGUUGAUUGUUGGAUAACUGAGAAUGAAGAUGAUGGAGACACCUGUAAAGAAAUAGCUAUUAACAGACCUAAGAAGAAGCCCUUGCCAUUGGUGGCUUAUGAGAUUCAUGUCUACACUGGCUCAAAGCUAGGAGCUGAAACAGAUGCUAAUGUGUUAAUCAACCUUAUUGGAACCAGGGGAGAUUCUGGGAAACGAAAGCUUCAUCAAUCCAAGAAUAACAAGGUCAAGUUCCAACAAGCACAGGUGGACAUCUUUGUCGUUAGGGCUGUGUCUCUUGGAGAUCUGAAGAAAGUUCUAAUUAGUCAUGAUGGGGCUGGUCCAGGCAAUGGAUGGUUUCUUGAGAAGAUUAUUAUUAAAUUUAAAGAAGAAGAAGAGGAUCAAGAGGUUCUGUUUCCAUGUGAAAGAUGGCUGGAUGAGUACCAAGAUGAUGGGAAGACUGAGAGAGAGCUGCUUGCGAAAAGUGGACAGUGGAUCAUACAAGUGAAAACAGCUGAAGAUUCUCCAGAAGCUGGAGAAUGUAAGAGGACACUGGUGAUUUAUGGUUCAAAAGGGAAAAGCAGGGACCUCCUCCUCUCACCAAGAAAUCCAGAACAAGUGUAUUUUCUUCCAGGAGCUACAGAUGAAUUCCUUAUUGAAAUUGGAGAUGUUGGAGAUGUGUACAAGAUUCGGGUCAGCUGUGAUGAUUUGCCAGAGUUUGAGGGUUGGCAUUUGAAGUCUUUUCACAUAGAGGAGCCACAGACCAAACAAAAAAUGAACUUUGACUGUAACUGCUGGUUCUCUCUUAACAGAGAAGAUAGUGAACUUGUGAAAGAAUUCCCUGCAGAGACUAAGGACCAAAACUCUUUACCAGUUGUUAAGUAUAUUGUUUCUGUAUACACUGGAGACCAAUGGGGAGCUGAAACUUUCGCCAAUGUUUAUAUCACUCUCUAUGGACAAAGAGGGGAUUCAGGUGCUAGGAAGUUAUAUCAAUCUUUAAAAAAAGGAGAUUUAUUUCAAAGAAACAAGCUGGAUUUAUUCAUUGUUGAAGCUGUUUCUCUGAAUCACUUGGAGAAAGUGCUUCUUGCACAUGAUGGAGAAGGUUAUGGAGCUGGCCUUUAUUUAAAGAUGAUAACUAUUCAGGAGUCCAAAGACCCAGAUAUUGAAUGGGUAUUCCCAUGUUGGAAUUGGCUGGAUUCCCAUUUGGGAGCCUGUGCAACUAUUUCAGAACUGAAGACUAUAGGGAAAAGACUGAUUUGUAGCCCUGGGCAGCCCCUGAUCAAUGGGCAUUCCCCUGGUUCAUGGAUAGUGGACAUCACUGGAUCUGGGUUGAGCACCAAAGAAGAGACAAUAGAACUUGCCCUAGUCUUUUAUGGACAUCUGAAUCACAAAAAGUUGGCACUUCACAUGACAGAAAAUGAAGCACAAAUCAAAGAUGAACUUGAGGGCCUUGGAUCACUUUAUAAGCUUCAGGUGUCAGGAACAUCCACCCGGCUGAACAAAUCUUGGCAUUUAGACACAGUGAACCUGAAGCAUACAGGUACUGCCCUGGAAAUGUGGUUGAUUUUUGACUGCUGGUUUAGACCGAAUGAAGAGGACUGUGUGGAACUUCCUACUUUGAUUUCAGGCCAAGACCCUCUCCCAGUUAUGGAAUACUCUGUCCAGAUACACACUGGAGAUGUGAAGAAUGCAGAUGCCGCUGGCCAGGCUUAUAUUUACAUAAAAGGAGAAAGAGGUGAUUCUGGGAAAAGAUGGCUUACCAAUUCAAGAAAUAGCUCAAUUGCUUUUUCCAGGGGACAGGUGGAGGUUUUCACAGUUAAAGCAGUGCACCUUGGUAAACUACAUCAGAUUAUUCUUGGAUUCCAGAGUUUGAAAAAAGAUAAUUGGUUUUUGGAUGAAGUUAUUAUAAAGGAAGGACACACCUCUGUCAUCACUCAUAUCUUUGCUCAUCAAAACUGGAUCAGCAAGCGUUCAGAAAAAGGAUUUAGUGAAGUUAUAAUUCCACUGAAAGAGGUAAACGUGAUCCCUGCAGUGAUAAAAGACUCCCAGGUUACCAGCAGAGGUCAGUGGCAAAUGUGGCUCUCUGCAUCUCCCCUACCAGAAAACAUUCCAGAUAUUCAAUUGAUUGUAUUUGGAAUGAGAGGAAAAUCUCCUGUACAGAAAAUUAAGAACUUGAAAAAUGAUCCAUUUCUGUUGCACCUUGAUGACAUUGGUGACAUCACAAAAGUUUCUUUUAUAUUGCUUGAUUCAUGUUUGAAGAAAGGAAUUAAGCUACACAAGCUCCGGCUCAAAGACAUGGAUACGAAGGAAGAGCUGGCCUUUUAUGUGGCAGACCGGUGGCUGUUUGAUGAAGAUGGAUCAGAAAGCGUGACGGAGCUAGCGGCAGUCAGGCCAGAAAAAGAACCCCUAAGAGAUGUGCUUUACUUAGUUAGUAUCCACACAGGGAUACAGCCGGCAUCAGGAACUGAUGUGGAUAUUUUUAUCACAAUAUUUGGGGAAAAUGGAGACUCUUGUCAAAGAAAACUCAGGCAUUCAGGGUUAAAUUCCAGUUUUGAAAGAGGCCAGGUAAGCACCUUCAGCCUGAGAGCAGUGGACCUGGGCAUGGUCAGGAAAGUGCUUAUAGAACACAGUGGCACUGGCUACGGUGCUGGAUGCUAUUUAGACCACAUCACCAUUCAGGAAUCUGGGAAAAGAGACAAGGAAUAUGCCUUUUCUUGCCAGCAGUGGUUAGACAGUGAAGUUGGUGACAGACAGAUGGAAAGGAAAUUGAAGCUUCUUGGAUAUAUCCGAAAAGAGCGACUGCCGGAUGAUAUUCAGGGAACUUGGGAUAUCACUGUAAAGACGAGUAAUGUUUUGUCCGGUGGCAUAAACCCUAAAAUGGCCUUCAUUGUAUGCUGUGAGCGAGGAACUUGUGCACCCAUCAUAUUUCCAAAAAGCUCUCUUCGAAGGGCUCAAAUCUAUAAGACCACGAUGGAAAUGGACAGAAAUUAUGGAGCCAUAAAGAAAGUACGUUUGCAAGUUGAAGAUGCUGAGGAUGGGGAAGUCUGGCAUUGUCAUGAGGUAAAAAUUAUUAAU